AUGUUGGAAAAUCAAAUGUUGUAAUUUUUGAAUUCAGACUUUUAACAAUUUACUUAAUAAGAUAAGUAGGAUAAGUAAGAUGAGAAUUCUGAGACUGAAGUUCCAAAUAACUCUUAAAGAUAAUUGAGAGUUAAGAGUUUUGAAGAAAAGCCUGCUAAUAAACCAUUAAAUCUAAUAUUCUAAAUGUUAUUGCAAAAGAAAACAUAGAAAAGAUAAUAAAUUAAGGUAGAUCCAAAAUCAAUACCUUUGUCUAUUAAUCUCUCUGUUUAGGUAUAAGAAUUACCAAUUAUACGUAAAAUCAUGGAUAAGAAUGAAUGGAAAAAGGCUCAUAAUUUUGAUGGAGAUAUAUUAUGGUGUGGUCCUGAUAAUGUUCAAUAAGCCAAACAAUUUACUUAUGAUUUUGCAAUGGUCUUUAUGAAUUUAUGCAUCAGUAGAAUUCCUGGAGCUAAAUUAAUCUCUACAAAAAAAGAAACUACGUCAAUCAUGGCUAAAAUGAGAUAGUAUAAUAUGUGUCAUAUUAUAUUAGAUAUUUUCCGUCUAUUUAUAAUUUUUAUCCAAAAACAUACACUAUGCCAGAAGAUUUACAUGAAUUUAUUGAAGAUUUUGAAAAAAAAGAUGGCAUCUCUUAUAUUGCUAAACCUGAUAAAGGAACUUAGGGUUAAGGCAUCUUUAUAGUUAGUUAAAUAGAAGAUUUAUUUAAUAAUGGUGUCAAGGACAUCUCAUAUAUAAAGAAGUAUUUAAAUUUCAAUAAUUAGAAAUUAUAUUAUUUAAGAGUAUAUAAGUAAUCCUUUAUUAUUGGAUGAUAAGAAAUUUGAUUUUAGAUUGUAUGUAUUGGUCACUUCACUCAAACCAUUAAUUGCUUAUAUUAAUGAAGAAGGUUUAGCUAGAUUAUGCACUGAAAAUUAUUAGGACAUCACAUCUAGUAAUCUCUCUAAUGUUUAUAUGCAUCUAACAAAUUAUUCAUUAAAUAAAAGUAAAAGACAAAAAUAGUAUAUCCAUUAGAUAGUCAAAAUUUUAUUAUACAUCCUCCAGAUUUCCAGAAAAUAAAUUUUGGUACUAAAAGAACUUAUACAUCAGCCAAAAAAACAUUGAUGAAAAUGGGAAUAGAUGUACCUAAAUUAAAAUUGAGAAUUGAAUAAACAAUAGUAAGAUUCCUAUAUGGAAUUGCUCCAUUUUUAGUAAGAAUUUCUAUUUAUUAAUAAAGUUAAAUUCAACUAGAGAAGUCUAUCAAGACAAAUGGGAAAAAGCUAACUGUUUUCAUGUUAUUGGAUUUGAUAUUUUGAUUGAUAGAGAUUUAAAACCUUGGAUUAUUGAGAUUAAUGCAAAUCCUAGUUUAGAGAUUACUUAAGUAGUUUAAAAUCCAAAUGGAAGUAAAAGAGUAGAGACCAGUUCAUUAGAUGCUUAUGUUAAAACUAAAGUUAUUGAAGAUGCAUUCAUCAUUGCAAUUAAAACACCUUAAGAAUAAAUUGAAUAAAUUGGUAAGGGGAAAUAUUGUAAUAGUUAUAAAAUGAUUAUUGAUGGUUAACCACCUAUUGAAAAUUUAGAUUUGGUAAUUUAUAUAUAUUUAUAAAAAAUUUUAGUUCUAUAAAUUAGUUGAUCUUUACAGUAAUCUUUGUGGUUUGAGAUAUGGAAAUUUGAAUUAAAUGAGAUUUUGUAGAUUAGCUAAUAAUCCAUAAUUGAUUAAUGAAUUGCUAAUAAAAUCAGAUUAUGAUUUGAUUUACAAAAAAAUCUAGUUAAAAUCAUUAUAGCCAGAUUUAAAUUUUCUAGGUUUCUUAGAAGCUAUAGAAUCUAUCUCAGAUAAGGUAUAAAUAUAUCAAUUUAUAUUAUAAGCUUUUAAAAAGAAAGGCUUCUAAUUAUACAUUAUAAAAAGCUGUGACCUAUGUUGUAAAUAUGGCUUUAAAGGCCCCAUAAUAACAUUAAAGACCUUUGACUGCAAAAAGAUGA